AUGUACAGUCUAAUUGUUAUCAGAAUUGCCGAAUCACCGGCAAUAUCAGAAGAACAAUUUAGAACGAUAGUACCAAAUGUGGAAAAUUUCGAAUCAAUAGAUGAAUAUGGUCGAAAUAUAUCACGCAUACAAAUACCACGAAGUAUACUUUAUGAAAAUGCUAUUGAAAUUAAAAAAAUUUAUGAAAAAAAUGACGAUGAUGAUGGUGAUAAUGAUAACGAUAAUGAUAGUGAUAAUGGUGAAGAACGGAUGAAUAUAUUAUAA